GAUGACAUUAGGACUAACGAGAUCAAUAAUGGAAGUAAUGAGAAGACUAACGAGAUCAGAAAUGGGAAUAAUGAGAUCAAUGGAAGUAAUGAGAACGAGAUUGACGGUGGGAGUAAUGAGAAGAUUAACGAGAUCAACAUAAACUCUAGAAAACGUAAAGUCAUCGAUAUCAGCGAUGACGAGAAUCCUAAUGUUCAUGCAUAUAUCAUAAUUUUGCACACACCUGGCAUCGCGAACAAGUCCGAUCUUAUAAUCUCAACAGUCGAUGAUAAAUUGAUUAGUAUCGACGGUAAUUUUUGUGGUAAGGUAGCUCCCGGAAGAAAAAUUAUAAGCCUUUUGCCUAUCAGACCAUUUGAAGUGGAAAUAGAGCUUCCAAGCGA